AUGAAGCCCUCCGUCCUCAUCGUUCCUGGCGCUUGGCAGCUGCCCACGGCUUUCCAGCCCUUCGCGACUGAGCUCGCCGGCGCCGAUUUCAGCGCCUCCGUCGUCUCCCUGCCCACCGUAGGAGGCACCACAACCCCGCUGGCCACCCUGUCGGACGAUGUCGCCGCCGUGCGCACAGAGCUCGACAAGCUUGUCGCCGACGGCAAGGAGGUCGUCAUCUACUCUCACUCCUACGGCGGUGUUGUUGCCAGCAACGCCGUCGAGGGCUACGACGUCGCUACCCGCUCGGCUGCCGGCGCCGCCGGUGGUGUCGUGAGCAUCGUCUACUCCAGCGCCUUCAUGCUCCCCAAGGGCUCCAGCUUGCUUGAUCUUCUCGGCGGCCAGCCGCUCCCGUGGAUGAUUGUCCAGGAGGACCGCGUCGUCGGUAACUCGACCAUGCUUCCCGAGGUCGGCUUCAACGACCUGCCCGCCUCGGAGCAGGAGAAGUGGGCGAGCCAGAUGACCUGGACCUCCCUGAGCGCCUUCGUCACACCCUCCAGCUACGAGCCCUGGAGCAACGGCAUCGACUGCGCCUACCUCUACGCCACCCAGGACAACGCCCUGCCCCUCGCCUACCAGCAGGGCAUGUCCGGCAUCUUGCCCGAGGGUUCCAAGACUGAGAGCGAGCCCAGCGGCCACUGCGCUCACCUCAGCCGGCCGGCAAACGUCACCUCCAUUCUGAGCAGGUGGUACCCGGGCAACUGA